UCAGAUAAUUUGGUCGUGAAGUCAGAGGUCGUGACCUUGCAUACACUUUGUUCUGAAGAUCCAGUAUCUGAUGUUGAAUUUACUGAAAAGAAGCAGACCUUAGAGAAUUCACAUCCUGUAAAGGAGGAGGAAAAUCAACAGCAGCUAAAUAUUAAGGUGGAAAUGACAGCCCUUUCAUCCAGAUCACAGACUCAAAGUGAAGCUGAAAAGUUAAACAAUUGUAAUGAUAAUCAAAAAGAAAUAUCAGAAAGACAGAUCAAUACACAUGUGAGGAAAAAAUCCCAGGAGUGUAACAUAUGUGGUAAAACUUCCAGUUAUUUAUGUUGUCAACAAGUAACAUUAAAACUGAUUCCUUUGGCACAAAAACAGGUGAAAAUGGUAGCCCUUUCAUCCAGAUCACAGACUCAAAGUGAAGCAGAAAAGUUAAACAACUGUAAUGAUAAUCAAAAUGACAAAUCAGAUAAACAGACCAAUACACAUGUGAGUAAAGAAUCCCAGGAAUGUAUUAUUUGUGGGAAAACCUUCAGAUAUUUAUCGGAUUUAAAGGCACACAAGAUGACACAUAAAGGAGAUAAGCCUUACAAAUGUGAUAUGUGUGAGAAGGCGUUCAGCAAGUCAUGUAACUUACAGACACAUAUGAGGACACAUACAGGUGAUAAGCCUUAUAAAUGUGGUAUUUGUGAGAAGGCGUUUGUCCAAUCUGGUAACCUACAGACUCAUAUGAGGAUACAUAUAGGUAACAAACCUUAUAAAUGUGAUGUGUGUGAAAAGUCAUUCACUGUAUCAGCAUACUUAAAGCAACACAAAAAGAUACAUACAGUUGACAAACCUCAUAAAUGUGAUGUGUGUGAAAAGGCAUUCACUGUAUCAGCAUACUUAAAGAGACACAUAAGGAUACAUACAGGUGAUGCACCUCAUAAAUGUGAUGUGUGUGAAAAGGCAUUCACUGUAUCAGGACACUUAAAGAGACACAUGAGGACACAUACAGGUGAUAAACCCUUCAAAUGUGAUGUGUGUGGAAAGGCAUUUUGCCAGUCAAGUAGUUUACACACACAUAUGAGGACACAUACAGGUGAUAAACCCUACAAAUGCAAUGUGUGUGAGAAAACGUUCAGACAGUCUGGAGGUCUACAGAGUCACAUGAGAAUACACACUGGUGAUAAACCUCAUAAAUGUGAUGUGUGUGGGAAGGCUUUCAGCCGAUCAAGUACCUUACAGGCACAUAUUAGGAUACAUACAGGUGAUAAACCUUAUGAAUGUGAUGUGUGUGGGAAGGCUUUCAGUCAUUCAUUUUCCUUAAAGAUACAUAUUAGGAUACAUUCUCGUGAUGAGCCUUUUGAAUGUGAUGUGUGUACAAAAUCAUUCUCUGGAUUAUGUGCCUUACAGACCCAUACUAUGACACAUACUGGAGAUAAAUCUUAUAAAAUUGAACAUGGAAAAGAAUUUUCUGACUUACAUAAACAUAUGAGGUCACAUAUAGGUGACAAACCUUAUAAAUGUGAUGUGUGUGAGAAGACAUUCAAACAGUCAUCAGUUUUACAGAGACACUUGAGAAGACAUACAGGUGAUAAACCUUAUAAAUGUGAUGUGUGUUUAAAGGCUUUUACUACAUCGUCCAACUUACAGAACCACAUGAGGACACAUACAGGUGAAAAACCUUAUAAAUGUGAUGUGUGUGGGAAAGCAUACAAACAAACAGGUAAUUUACAAACACACCUGAUGACACACUCAGGUGAUAAACCUUAUAAUUGUGAUUUGUGUGAGAAGACAUUCUUUGUAUCAGAACACUUAAGGAAACACAUGUGGACACACUCUGAUGAGAAACCUCAUAAAUGUGAUGUAUGUGGUAAAGGUUUCAUUGAAAAUUUUAAGUUAACAGAACAUAAGAGGAUACAUACAGGUGAUAAACCUUUACAUUGUAUAGUAUGUGGGAAGGCAUUCAGGCAUUCAAAGGUUUUACGGAGACACAUGAAGAUACAUAUGGGUGAUAGACAAUGUAAAUGUAAUGUUUGUGAAAGGACAUUCAAGCAGCCAGGAGAUUUGAAGAAGCACUUGAGGGUACAUUCAGGUUAAACCAUAUAAUUGCAUUGUAUGUGUGAAGAUGUUAAGUCGACUGAUUGACUUAAGAUCAGUGAAAAUACGUGUCAGCGAUAACAUGACUAACAUAAAGCCCGGAAAAAAGAAGUUCAUUAGAGAAGAAAAUUAAAGAGGUGGAUGAGAACAUAUGAUGCCGUUUGAUUAAAACUUUUUUGUGACAGUAGAGAAUUUUCACAUAUAGGUCUGCUCAUUAACAAAGUGACUAGUUGAUAUAUAGAGAUAAAUUUUCUGAUAUAUUUAAAUUUGUUGUGUAAGGAAAAGGGUGUAUGGGUAAAAGGUUCAGAAAUUCAGAAUGUUAAAAAAAAUAAUCGAUGUGAUGUGUGUGGAAAGAUAUUUCAUGAUUUAGCAAUUCAAAGAUUGGAAAGAGAUUCAUUGGAAUAUAUAGAGAAAAACUUCAUAUAUAUGUGAUAUAUGCAGAAUAAGCACAAUUGGAAGUGACAUGAAGAUACGUCUGUUUGAGGAAAAAAAAGAUGGGCGUGGCAAACAGUUACAUGUAGGCCAUUCAGAGUAGGUACAGAGACAUAUGGAAAAACAUUCAAGAAAAAAAAACAAAAACCCUCAUAUACCAUGUGAUUAGAGUGAUAUACCUUUUGA